CGGAGUGGGCAGUGGUGACUGUGCCCGCGGGUUGUCGCAUCGGGGUCCCAAGCAGACUCUGCCUGGAAGGCGUUUGCAUCCAGUUCCGAGCCUCCCCUCCCCAACCCCGCCCCCGCCCCACCCGGGUCGAAUCUUUGCCCUUGCCGCACCUCUGGGAUCUGGGCUUGUGCUCCGGAGGGAGCUCCUGGGCUGGGAACUGGGGAAGUGCUCCUGGUCCCCCCAGGAGUGAAACCGACCCCAGGGGAACCCUACUGCCCAAGGUUUAGGAAACGGUGGGUCCACCAACGGGCCGCCUGACACCGCUGACGAGGAACACCAUGAAACAGGCCUGCCUGACACACAGAGGAGGGACCAGGCUCUGGGGUUGCCGCCAUCGGGUCGUGAAUAGAGGAACAGAAUUGCUGGGUUACCAGGUGUGCAUUUAUAGCGGAUGCUGUGACGCGUCACCCAGACUUUCCCUCAGGACCCCAGGCCCUGCUCUCCCAGCGGCUGGACACCGCCGGCACUCUCUGAGAAGAGAGGGACUGGGAAGAGCUCCUCCGCCCAGUGUCGUGCCACGUCCCAGCGGCAGCCUGCAUCCAUUCCAGGACUGGUGUCGAUCCUUCUAAAGAAGUUGAACACCUUCUCACAUGUUUAUUGGGCCAUUGUGGUCACAUGUGGAAUUCCUAGUCAAGUCUUUUACCCAUUUUUGCACUGAAUUGCCUUUCUUUUUCUGGUGGUUUGCAGGUGUUCUUUCUAUACUCGAUGCAAGUCCUUAGUUGGGUGCAUUUGCCACAUAUUCUCAGUUGAACAUACUCAGGGGACUUCAACAGUAACAGCACAUAGUGAGUCCUAAUAACAUAACUGUUGACUUACAUGUUGAAUUACAUGAAUGCUUGAGUCUGAAAACUCCCUUAAGGAAAGAAUGCCUGGAGAGGUAAAACCGUACUUGAUUUUAAUGGAUAUAAUUGAAUAUAGGGUAUGGAUCCCACUCCUGGCCUGAGGUUUCUGGCUACAGGCAUUUGAACACUCAACUUCUUCAAAGUAAAUGUGAAUGAACAUUGAUUCAGAGUGUCUGUCCACAGAAGGUAUCAAGAGGCUAGCCUGUUCUAGGCAUUGAGGAGCCAGCUGUGAACAAAAGAUAAGAUCCCUGCUUUCAGGAGACCCGAAGGGAGAGAAACACAACAGGUAAACAAAAUAAAAUAAUUUCACACACUGAGCCCUAAAGUGAAGGAGGUCAUCAUGGAGGGAAGGGGCGUGUUGAGCCAGAAGAAGCCAAACCAGGGCAUUAGGGAGAUCCCGCCCUCGGCCCCGCCUCCAUCUUUGCAUACAGCUCCUGAUUGGCCGAAGGUGUCUAGCCCCACCCCGCGGAGCGGGCUGUUGGGGAAGCUCUGGGCGGUUGGGGAAACGCCGGGCGAACCCUGCCGGGAUGCAGUCGCGGCUCCGGGUGUCGCCGAGCGGGCCGGGGGCAGCGCGGGCCGAAGCUGGGCAAGGCGCGUCCGCCGUGGCACACGCGUACUCUUAGCGCCCCAGACCUGCCGUGGGGCCCGGGCCCUUCUUGUCGCCGAACCGCCCGCCGUCCCCUCCCCUCCACCCUUUGUGCCGCCGCCGCUGUGUGUGCCAGGCUCCGCAGGACCCCGGCCGGGCCAGAACGCCGCGCCGAGUCAGCCUCGUGCGGGCGCCGGGUUAGCGGCCGAUGGCGAAGGGGCGCAGCGCGGGCUGGGGCGCUGCAGCCGGAGUCCGCGACGCGGGAGACCCGGCCCGCCUCCGCCGCAUUGUCCCGCGCCCCGCACCCGGGCUCUGAGCCGCGCCGCCGCAGCGCCCGCCCGCAGCCCACGGGGCCAUGCGGAGGGCCGCGGGGAUGGAGGACUUUUCCACGGAGGAAGAGGAGCCCUGGUACGACCAGCAGGACCUGGAGCAGGACUUGCACUUGGCCGCGGAGCUGGGGAAGACGCUGCUGGAGAGGAACAAGGAGCUGGAGGAGUCCUUGCGGCACAUGUAUGCCACCAACGAGGAGCAGGUGCAGGAGAUUGAGUACCUGACCAAGCAGCUGGACACGCUUCGGCACGUGAACGAGCAGCACGCCAAAGUGUACGAGCAGCUGGACCUGACAGCCCGGGACCUGGAGCUGACCAACCAGAAGCUGGUGCAGGAGAGUAAGGCCGCCCAGCAGAAGAUCCAUGGGCUGACGGAGACCAUUGAGCGUCUGCAGGCCCAGGUAGAGGAGCUGCAGGCCCAGGUGGAGCACCUUCGGGGCCUGGAGCAGCUGAGACUGCGCCGGGAGAAACGGGAACGCAGACGCACCAUCCACACCUUCCCCUGCCUCAAGGAGCUGUGCACCAGCCCCCGGUGCGAGGACGCCUUCCGCUUACACAGUUCCUCGCUGGAGCUGGGCCCUAGGCCCUUGGAGCAGGAGAACGAGCGUCUGCAAACCUUGGUGGGCGUCCUGCGGUCCCAGGUGAGCCAGGAGCGGCAGCGCAAGGAGCGGGCGGAGCGUGAGUUCGCGGCCGUGCUCCAGGAGUACUCGGAGCUGGAACAGCAGCUGUGCGAGAUGGAGGGCUGCCGCCUCCGUGUGCAGGAGCUGGAGGCCGAGCUGCUGGAGCUGCAGCAGAUGAAGCAGGCGAAGACCUACCUGCUGGGCCAGGAGGAUCACCUGGCCGCGGCCCUACUGGCACCCCUCACCCAGGCCCCUGAGGCUGAUGACCCCCAGCCAGGCAGCGGGGAUGAGUUCGGCGCCCAGGACGGUGUCUCCUCCCCAGGCCACUCUGUGCGCAAAAGCUGCAGCGACACAGCGCUCAACGCCAUCGUGGCCAGAGACCCAGCCAGCCGGCAUGCGGGCAACCUCACACUACACGCCAACAGCGUGCGCAAGCGGGGCAUGUCCAUCCUGCGGGAGGUAGACGAGCAGUAUCACGCGCUGCUAGAGAAGUACGAGGAGCUGCUGAGCAAGUGCCGGCAGCACCGGGCCGGGGUGCGGCAUGCUGGCGUGCAGACCUCACGGCCCAUCUCGCGGGACAGCUCGUGGAGGGACCUGCGGGGUGGUGAGGAGGGCCAGGGGGAGGCCAGGGCUGCGGAGAAGAGCCUGAGCCAGCACGUGGAGGCCGUGGACAAGCGGCUGGAGCAGAGCCAGCCUGAGUACAAGGCGCUCUUCCAGGAGAUCUUCUCCAGAAUCCAGAAGACCAAGGCCGACAUCAAUGCCACCAAGGUCAAGACCCACAGCAGCAAGUGACCCUCAGGGUCCCCCCCCAGGGUAAGGCCAUGGGUGCCUCAUGCCUGGGCCUCGCUGCCUCUGGUGAAUGAGGGAGCUUUUUUGCGGCACUAUAACCCAGUAGGGGCCACUCUCCGACCCAGGGAGCCGGUAGGGGACCCAGCUUGUCCCCUGCUGAUGUGGGAGGUGGUCAACAUGUUAACAGCCUGGCCCCCCCAGGACCCUCCAUGACCCCAUGUCAGCCCAAGGCACAGCUACGAGUUACAAAGCCAAACGGCCCCGCUUCCCUUCCCCAGCUUUCUGACCCCAGACUUGUCGCCAGGCUUCUGAGAGCCGCUCUGGACCAGUUGGCUUUUUUCUUUUUUUUUCAAAGUUCAGUUUCUUUUCUGGUUUUUUUUUUUGAGAAGUUUGCAAUGUAAGGUUCCCCUGACCCCUUGCCGCAACUGGAAACACUUGAAGGGGGACCCCAGAGCCAGCUGUGGCAGGUUCCUGGGGUUUCCUGGACCACCCACUGCUUUUCCCCAGGUGUGACACACUGUCAUUCCCCUAGUGCCAGCUGUCCCACCCCCAGGGUCCUAACCAGGUCAGAGAUGGCCCCUGCCAUGCAGAGCAGAACACCUCAGCCUGACCUCAGGGUCCCCUGCGCCGGCCCUGGUGGGGGCGCCCUUCUCCCUGGAGACCCUCAGCCCACUGCAGAUCGGUAGCCGACCCGAGGAGCGGAACAGAGAGGCCCUUAGCAGCCGCACACGAGCGGUGUGCCACUGCCCUCAGAGCCAGCCUCCUUGGGUUCCAGCCCUGGAAGUACCUUCUGGGCAUUAAGCCUUGCAGGGGUCUGGGCGGUGGGGAGCCCCCCAUCUCUGCACACCACCUGCAACUCAUCAAGUUUGGCCUCUGCCUGCCCCCACCUCAGGGACCAUAACGCGUCUCAUUCACUCCCAUGCUGCCCACAUGCUGACCUCACCACGGGUCACACGUGCUGCUCCCAGAAUGUACCGGGCAUGUGCCACAAGCCAGUGUUCCCAGCUUCCGCCCCUGUCCCCUUUCACUGGGGGCGUCCCAAGACUCCCCACUCUGAACAGUAUUAAAAUGGGACCUGCAAGGA